CCAACCAGCAAGAUAAAGGCAGCUGCCAGGCAGGCAGAGCACAGACCCAGAGCCAGGGCAGUGAGAAGACGCCUGACCAAAUCCGAACAAGAGUCCAGCAGAACGACAGACCCCUGACUGCACCUGCUACAGACCCAAGCACCCCAGCAGCCUAGUGAGACCCUCAAAGGAUGGCCGAAACCCAGGCGCAGGCGACCCCCAAGCCAACCGUCCCAAUGGCAACUGCAGAGGGCCUGUCGCUGCCUCCACCCUCGACCCUGGGACACCUGCCACCACCACCACCCAAGGAAUCCUUCUCCAAGUUCCACCAGCAGCGGCAAGCUAGCGAGCUCCGCCGCCUCUACAAGCACAUCCACCCGGAGCUCCGAAAGAACCUGGCCGAGGCUGUGGCCGAGGAUCUGGCUGAGGUCCUGGGCUCCGAGGAGCCCACAGAGGGUGACGUCCAGUGCAUGCGCUGGAUCUUUGAGAACUGGCAGCUGGACGCCAUUGGUGACCGUGAGCAGCCAGCUGCCAAGGAACCCGUGCCAGGCGGCGAUGUCCAGGCCACCUCCCGCAAGUUUGAGGAAGGCUCCUUUGCCAACAGCGUAGACCCCCAGCCACCAGGACCCCAGCCAUCUGGAGGUGACGUUCGUGCUGCCCGCUGGCUGUUUGAGACAAAGCCGCUGGAUGAGCUGACAGGCCAGGCAGAGGCGACAGAGGCCCCGGGGAGGGAGCCUGUAGCCAGUGGAGAUGUGCAAGGGACCAGGAUGCUCUUUGAGACUCGACCACUGGACCGCCUGGGCUCCCGCCCCUCCAUGCAAGAGCAGAGCCCGCUGGAGCUGCGCUCAGAGAUCCAGGAGCUGAAAGGUGAUGUGAAGAAGACGGUGAAGCUGUUUCAAACCGAGCCACUGUGCGCCAUCCAGGACGCCGAGGGCGCCAUCCAUGAGGUCAAGGCGGCCUGCAGGGAAGAGAUCCAAAGCAACGCGGUAAGGUCCGCCCGCUGGCUCUUUGAGACCCGCCCACUGGACGAGUUCAAUCAGGACCCUAGUCAGGUGCGGGUGAUUCGCGGGAUCUCCUUGGAAGAGGGGUCCCGGCCGGACGUCAGCGCUACGCGUUGGAUCUUUGAGACGCAGCCCCUGGACGCCAUCAGGGAGAUCCUGGUGGACGAGAAGGACUUCCAGCCAUCCCCAGAUCUCGUCCCUCCAGGACCAGAUGUUCAACAGCAGCGGCAUCUGUUUGAGACUCGCGCUCUGGACACUUUGAAGGGGGAGGAGGAGGCUGCAGCUGAGGCCCCGCCCAAGGAGGAGGUGGUCCCUGGCAAUGUCCGCUCCACCCUGUGGCUGUUUGAAACCAAACCCCUGGACACUCUCGGAGACCAAGUCCAAGUGGGUCACUUGCAGCGGGUGGGCCACCAGGAAGAUGAAGGGCUCAUGUGUGCUGGCUCAUCACCACUUCCUGCCUUUCUGGGUGCCCCGCAGAGGGAUGGGGUGAAGGGGGACGUGAAAAACUUCAAGAACCUUUUUGAGACCCUUCCCCUGGACAGUAUCAGGCAGGGGGAGGCUUCAGUCCCUGGGAGUGUGAACCCAGCAGGAACCACUGAUUUUGCUGGGCAGUCCCAGGCAGCAGGCUCCCCGGUGUACGCCGUGCAGGACAGCGAGGGCCAGCUCCAUGCCCUGACCUCGGUCAGCAGAGAGCAGGUAGUGGGAGGUGAUGUGCAGGGCUACAGGUGGAUGUUUGAGACUCAGCCCCUAGACCAGCUGGGUCGAAGCCCCAGUACCAUCGAUGUGGUACGGGGCAUCACUCGGCAGGAAGUGAUGGCUGGAGACGUAGGGACAGCUCGGUGGCUCUUUGAGACCCAGCCCCUGGAGGUGAUCCACCAGCGGGAGCAGCAGGAACGACGAGAAGAGGAGGGAAAGACUCAAGAAGGCCCCCAGCCCGAGGCACCCCCAAAAGGCGAUGUACAGACCAUCCGGUGGUUGUUUGAGACAUGCCCAAUGAGUGAGGUGGCAGAGAAGCAGUCCUCAGAAGUCACAGAUCCCACAGCCAAGGCCCAGGCACGGUCCUCCACCUGGAUGUUCAAGCCCCAGCCUCUUGACCCAGCAGAGGACUCCAGGGAGAAACACUUGCAGGUCAGCCAGGUGCAGGCUGGGGAAAGACAGACCAAUGGGCAUAUCUUUGAGACUGAGCCUCUGCAGGCCUCCGGCCGUCCCUGUGGAAGAGGGCCUGUGCGAUACUGCAGCCGGGUGGAGAUCCCUUCAGGGCAGGUGUCUCGGCAGAAGGAGGUUUUCCAGGCCUUGGAGGCCAGUAAGAGGGAAGAGCAAGAGCAGGACUCCAGGACAGCCCCUGGGCCCAUUGCCACCGGCUCUGUGCACAAGUUCACCUGGCUAUUUGAGAACUGCCCCAUGGGCUCCCUGACAGCUGAGAGCAUCCAAGGGGGUGACCUGGAAGAAGAGCAGCCCAGGAAGCCCUCCAGCAAUGGGACACCAGAGAAGCAGGAGACUGCAGCCGAGGGGACACUUCGGACUCUGCACGCCACACCUGGCAUCCUCCACCACAGAGGCAUCCUCAUGGAGGUUCGAGGGCCAGGGGAGCUCUGCCUUGCCAAGUAUGUGCUCCCAGGGCCAGGGCAGGGACGUCCCUAUGUACAGAAGGAGGAGCUAGUGUCCGGUGAGCUGCCUAGGAUUGUCCGCCAAGUGCUGCGCCGGCCAGACGUGGACCAGCGGGGCCUGCUGGUGCAGGAGGACCAAACUGGCCAGCUCUGGCUCCAUGCACUGAGGCUGCCAGCUCCAGGCAACAGUGGGAAUAUUGAGGACAUGGAUCCUGAGCUCCAGCAGUUACUAGCUUGUGGCCUCGGGACCUCAGUGGCAAGGACUGGGCUGGUGAUGCAGGAGACAGAACAGGGCCUAGUCUCCCUGACCGCCUACUCCCUACAGCCCCAGCUAACCAGCAGGGUCCCAGAAAGGAGCAGUGUGCAGCUGCUGGCCAGCUGCAUAGACAAGGGAGACCUGAGUGGCCUGCAUAGUCUGCGUUGGGAGCCACCAGCUGACCCAAGUCCAGGGCCAGCCACUGAGGGAACCCAGAGGCUUCUCCCAACUGAGAGCAUCAUCCAUGUUCCCCCACUGGAUACCAGCUUGGGGAUGGGGCAUCUGAGAGGCCCAGGGGCCACCUCCUGCCUCCCUCAGGCCAUUGCAAAGGCAGUCCCUCUGGCUGGGCAGGCUGCACCCCCAGCCCCAUUGCAGGAUACAGAAAAGCAAGAGGACAGCAGUCACACUGGGCAGAAAAGGACGGCAGCCUUGGGAAGGUCAGAAGGCACCAUGGCUACCCAUGCAGAGUCCAGGGCCCCAGACCUCCAGGCAGCCUUGCAGAGUCUUCAGAUGGCAACAGCUGAAGCCCAAAGCCUGCACCAGCAAGUUCUGAGCAGGCACAAGCAGGGCUCCACCCCUGCAGCCACAGCUGUGCCAGUCCAGGAUGGCCUACCAGCACCAGCCCCUGCCACGGCAGCUACCCAGAGCAACAGCAGGCGUGUGGCUGCAGGUGACUCCAGGACCCCAGCAGCCCCCAGAAAGGUCAGUGGGGAAGAGAAAGCACCACCCAGAGGGCUGCUUGGGGGGUGGGUGACAAUUCAGGAUGGCAUCUACACUGCUCACCCUGUGAGAACCUCUGAUCCACCCAGGGGUGUCCAGCCAAGGGAAAGGGAGACUGUCCACUCAGCCCAGGCUCCCAGCCUACUCCCAGGAGGCCCAGCUAAGAGUCUGGGGCCAGGGCGGGAGGAGCCUGGGGCCUGCACACAGAGGGCCUGGAGGCCUCCAGGGAAGAUCAUGGCCCAAGACUGCCCAGGGGGCCUCCAAGCUGCAGAGACCACCCUGAAGACUGACCCUUUGGCCCACCACACACUGCCCUCUGGGGCCCAGGCUGCAGGUGCCAACCUGCAUUUCCAUAAUGCCUCUGUUCCUCCCCCUCCUGCUCUCCCAGCUGCUGUGACAGGACCUGACCUCCCAGGCCAAAGCCAGCAUGAUGAGGACUCUAUCCAGCAGGACUCCAAGACCCUACAGGAACCCUUUCUUCACACCCUUCAUAGCAACCCUACUGGCCAGAGAAACCCUGGGGAGUCACAGACAAAGACCCCCAAACUAGAACCCACUAUGCCUCCAAGGAAGAAGCCUCCAGUGCCCCCCAAACCUGCACACCUAAGCCAGCUCCCUCCUCAGAGGCCACGCAAGCCCUCAGUUCCGUCACCCAGCUUCUCCUCAGAGCUGGGACGAGGAGAACACAAACCAGGUGAGACACCAGCAGCCAGCCCUCGGCCAGCCGAGGUUCCCACUGCAGGAGGCCAGGGCUGCGUGCCUGUGGCUGGCUGGGCCAGUGCACAGAGCCAUCUCACAGCCCAACAUGACCUCAUUGCCGAGGCUCAGGCUGCUGGUAGCAAUGUGCAGAGCCCUGGGCCUACCAAGCUCAGCGCUUUCAACAGUGACUCUGCCUCACCACAGUGGGGCCCCAGCCCACCAAGAGAGCAGCCCAUAGGAUGUCCCAAGCAGGGGUUCUCCAAGAGCCCCCAGAUUCUGCAGGGAAGCCAGCAAGAGCUCCAGGGCCUCCUGAGUCAGGUGCAAGACCUGGAGAAGGAGGCUGGAUGCAGCAUGGAUGUGCAGGCCCUGCAGAGACUCUUUGAGGGCGUGCCCCAGGUAGGAGGGGUUGCCCCUCAGGCUCCGGCCGCUCCUCACAAGCCCAAGGCCUCAAUGGAGCAGGCUUUUGGGGAGCUGACUCGGGUUAGUACAGAGGUUGCCCAGCUGAAGGAACAGACCCUGGCCAGGCUGCUGGACAUUGAAGAUGCUGUACACAAAGCCCUCAGCUCCAUGUCUAGCCUCCAGCCUGGAGCUAACACCAGAAGCCAUUCCCAGGAACCCCAAAAGGAUCACAGUCCCCAAAAGGUCACUGUCUCGGCCUGCAGUAGAGCCAGACCCAGUUGCUCAGGCCAGGAGAUCAAAGAUCCAACAGCUAUCAAGAGCCAAGCCAAGGUUGAAUGCCAUACUGAAGACCAGAGUCAAGCAAAGAUCAGAAAUCGCACAGAGGUCAGAGGUCAGGCAGCCUCAACUACCACAAGGAGGCAGGAGACAUCAAGGAAAGAUUCAGGUCUCCCUGGAGUCCUGCUUUCCAGCAGAGAGUCACCCUCUUCCCCAAUUUUCAUCUCCAUCCAGUCAGGCACACGAAAGCUUCUAAAGGCUUCCAGCACUAAGGACAGCCCUGAAGACUCAAGGAACAGUGCACACCUAGCUCAGAGCCAGGCCCUGAUCCACCAGGAAGGUGUUUGGGACACAGCUGGGGGAACAGAGGUGGCCACCAAGUGCCCUGGGCAGCCCAAGCCUGCCCCUACCUUGACCAUCCCUCUGCCUACAGGGCAGCAAAAGAACAUUCUGGAGCUGCAGACUGGGCCAGGUGGCUCCCAGUGCUGUGGAGCCACGAGAACUGUGACUGAACAGUAUGAGGAGGUGGACCAGUUUGGGAACACAGUCCUCAGUUCCUCCACCACAGUCACCAAGCAGGCAGAGCCAUCCAGGGGCGCAGAGCCAUCCAGGGGCCCAGCUCCCCACCUCGGGCUCCAUGUCUCCCCCUUGCUGAGGCAGUUCCUGCACAGGUCUGGUGGGCUCAGCAGUGGCCCAGCAGAAGCUGAGAUGGCAUGGGUGCCCUGCAGCCACUCCCAGCCAGCUGCCCAGUGAGUCCCUCCUUGGAGUGCCUCCCUUAGGACCCAAGGACCGAGGUGGUUGCCUUCGUCCUUGCCUUGCAAGAAGAAAGGACAUCUUCUAAGGACUGUUGAGGGCUGUUUCCACCCAGUUCUUGCAAAGGGGUCAAGAAAGACCAAGAAGAAACCCACUGAGUGGUGCUGGCCUGGUGCAGAGAGAUACAAUAUGUGCAGACACAUGUGCUACUCACACAGGCCUGGCCCAUACCUGCACACAUGUGAGCCCACAGAGCCAUCUCCCUCCAACCUCAGCCUGGAUUUCUUUUAUAAUAGAGCCUGAAUGUUGUAAGCCACCCUCUCCUUAAGCCCUGGAGAAGACCAGGGCCAACUGGCCACGGGGUUGGUAUGUUUAGGAUUGGCUGUGCCCCACCACGUUUCACUGGAAAUGGGGAAGACAGUCUGAAUAAACCCGACAUUGAUUCUCUAUUCAGUGUCUGUUUGCACAUCUGUUCCAGAGUCUGUGUUCACACUGUCAAAAUAUCAGCCACAGCCUCCAGCUUCCCAGUUUUCCUAGUAACAUCAGGGUUGUAAGGCUGUGAAACGCCACCCCUCUCUGCCAGAAGGCCCUGGUCACUCCUCUGUUCUCCACCUGACACACGCACACCGCUGCCCCUUCUACUUCAGGCCUUCCCCCCUGGAUCUUCCUGAACAUCGUGGUGGUUUUAGAAUCCUGCCCCAAAGCAGGAGAGCAGCCCCGUGGGGCUCAGCAAGGUGGGAGGACCUCACACCAGGAGGGUCAGUAUACCCAACAUGGCUGGGCCACUGUGUGCUGCAAAGGGGCCCCUGGGAAGGAAGGAAGUGCUCAGGUCCUGAAAACUGGAAUGAUUUAGUGAACAGUCUCUUUCCCUCUCUCCCCCCUGCCCCCCGCUGUCUUCUGUCUUCUCUUUCCUCUCUCCUCUUUUUUCCAGUACCAGGGGUUGUUGCCAGGGCCUUUUCCCAGAGCUAUAUCCCCAGCCCUUUUUUUUGACACAAGGUCUCAUUAAAUUGCCAAGGUUGGA